CCACUAGCUGAUAUGAUGGGCGCGGUGGCGGCGACCACUUGAUGUGUGGAAAAACAGCAGUCAAAAGCAAUGUGGCAAUCAAUGGCCUAAACUGUAGGCCUAGGCUAGGCCUACUGACAGUGCUUGAACAAUAAUCAAGGAUAAUAGGCCUAUAUUCAAUGGAGCACUUCAAGGUUAUGUUCAGGCCUACAGCAUUUUUAUUUUCAUUAUUUUUUACAGUUGUAAUCUCUGUAGCAUUGAACCCCAUUCGUUUGGCUGGAAAUUCCGACACCAGAGGGCGACUAGAGUACCUGUACCGCGGUCAGUGGGGAACAGUCUGUGACAAUCACUUUGACAUGUUGGAUGCCACCGUUGUUUGUCGUGAGCUGAACCUAGGCAAUGCUGUGAAAGUACUUACUGGUGUUGGUGGAGCACGGGAUAGUUCGCCAAUAUGGCUUGAUGAUGUUGAAUGCACUGGCAAAGAACAACACCUUUCUGCUUGCCCAUCCACUAGUCAGCAUAGCUGUACACAUGACGAAGAUGUCGGAGUAGAAUGCACUGGUGAUACACAUCCGGUACGUUUAGAUGGUAGUUCCAUUGCUCAUGAAGGAUUAGUUGAGAUUGAACAUGAUGGAGUAUGGGGCACUGUUUGUGAAGACAACUGGAGCCAAGAUAACACUGAUGUAGUGUGCAAACAACUUGGAUUUGAAGGGGGAAAUUAUUUUACCGCAACAGAUUAUACCGAUUCUAAUUCUAUUGUUCUUGAUGAUGUUGCUUGUGUUGGCACAGAAUUGACCCUUGCACAAUGUUCACAUUCAAACUGGGGCGAACAUAAUUGCAAUAACAUUGAGAAGAUUUGGGUUUCCUGUUUAACUGAUAAAUCUGAUAGCAUUAGUGUUCGUCUUGUCGGGGGUGAAACUGCUAACGAAGGCAUUCUAGAAGUUAAAAUGAACAGUCGAUGGGGAACAGUGUGUAGGGUGAAUUGGGGCCUAGAACAAUCAGACGUUGUGUGUCGACAACUUGGUUAUGGAGUUGGUGUGAAGGUCUACACUCAGAGUCGUUAUUUAUACCAACUUGGAAACACCGAAUCACACCCCAUCAACAUUUUUAGUGCCGACUGUGGUCAGGGGUUGUCCAGUAAUCUUAAGAGUUGUGAGUUAACUACUGAAAAUUUAUGGGGAUGUGACCACCAGUCAGAUGUUGUGCUUAGCUGUUACAAUAUAUUCUCAGAGGAUGGUCCAUUAACUGGUGAUGCUCGUCUUGUUGAUGGCAUUGAUGAUAGUGAAGGAAUUUUUGAAAUUUUUCUGGACGGUAGGUGGGGAACUAUAUGUGAUUGGAAUUGGUACCAAGAAGAAGGUGAUGUGGCUUGCAAACAACUUGGUUAUGACUUAGCUUCUUCAUACUCGAUUGAUAUCCAUGUUGAUGAAGCAUCCAAAAUGCAAGUGCAUCCAUAUGCCUUUGAUUGCUAUUCAGGAACAGAGAACCAACUGAUUGAAUGUUCACAAACUUAUUUUGGAUCAUGUGACGCUUACGGGAACAAUAUUGUUGCUCUAAGUUGCACCUAUAAUUCCAUUGAUGUCGAGAUUUGGGUGAUAAUUUCCAUAAUAUUUAUAAUAAUCAUUGUCAUCUGUUGUUGCGGCAUGAGGAGACAAAGAAUGAAUGCUGCAUCGAGGACAACAACAACAUCCAUACCAUUAGCUACCAACCAACCGGUUCAAGUUCAUCCACCUGUUCAACAACCAUUUUUACUGCAAACUGGUCAACCAGAUCCACUCCAACCAGGGUAUCCAUACGAACAUGGUCCACCACAACUACCGCCAGCAUACUCAGUCCAGCCUACAGACCCUCUUCCACCUUCUUAUGAGUCAGUUGUACAAAAUCCAAACAAGUAUCCUCAAAUAUAGGAUUUGUAAUAUAUCACAACUUCAGGUCUCACUCUAAUGAAUGACCCCUCCAAUUAAACACCACCUCCAAUUAAAAACCACCUUUCUGUGGUCCCAAAUUAACAAUUUAAAAAAAAUUUUUAUUAUUGUAAUUAGAGACCAAAGCUGCUAAAGACCAUGAAAACCCCGGUCCCAAAAGUGGUCUUUAAUUGGAGGGAGACCUGUAGUUUGGUAACGAUGUAUUGUCUUGUGCUAGAGAGUUGACCUAGUGAUAGAUUGUUGAUAACGUAGAUACAUAAUAGACACAUACAUAGACCAGAGGUGCAUGACAUAUACCUGGGCAUUCUUGUAACCACAGGUACUUCUAUGGCUUAAAAACCCCCACCCCAUCUUUUUUUUUCCCGAACAAACUAAACCCUUCCUCCCAUAAAAGUAUUGUCAAAACAAUGAUAAAAUCUAUCAUUGACAUGUUAUAAAGCGUAAGCCUUUAUAGGACUGAACACUCAGGCACUGGAAUCAGUUGAAUAUAGGGUCCCAUGUCUGCCCCAAGCCGCAAGACGUCCUCCUACAUUCCACUAACUGGACAAGAAUCUUCCAGAAAAUAACCUAUCUACUGGAAAGUCAUUAAAUCUGCAUCAUGCAUGCUUUUUACUACUGUAUAAUACACCUUUAUAGUGUCUCAUGAAAUUCAGUGUUGAUUGGUAACACCAUAUUAGCAGCAUAACAGAAUUAGAUGUAGAGGUGAUGUUUUGCACUACCUGACGCAUUAUCACACCGAAUACUUAGUACGUUCCCAAAUACUUGUGAAAUAAGUGAUUCGGGUGGGAAUCGAACCCACGACCUCCAGAUAAAUAGCCUGGCGCCAUAACCACUAGACUACUGAGCUUGCGCUUAGUGACUAGUGUUGAAUCCUAUCCCCAAGUAGCAGCGGGUACUGCAAAUGCUAUUACAAUGUGAAUUUGCAUCAGGAAAUAUCAUAGGAGUGAAGUUUUGCCCUUAUUAGAUGUGCUAAGAAAGCCUGUUUAAACUAUCUCCUGGAAAUGACUUCUUCUGACUUGACUCCUGUGAAUGUGUCAUAAUUCUGUAAUUUAAGAAGGACGAGGGGUUAGGUGAAAAGCAUGAUUAGCUCCAUGUACCUUGGUUACAGUUUGCAUUCGAUUGAUCCCAAAAGAAUAUUAAAUCUUUGCAAUACAACAAAUAAAUGCAAGAGAAUAGCUGUGGAAUUCACAGUUCAGUAACCAAUAGGCCUAUUUUAAGAAAAAGUGCAAAUUUAUAUCGAUUUUAACAUUCUUGAAUACAAGCGCUGAUUAAUCAUGGAGAUACCAGUGGUGUAUCCAGGGAUUGAAGGGGAAGGGGGCGCAAAGAAAGUUGGGGGGAUCAAUGUUUAAGUGAAGGGGAGCUACAGUAGCUAACAAAAUAAGGUGAUUUUAACUACUUCAGUGUGAUUUUUUUUUGUUUUGAACAUUUUUAAAUGGGGGAAUGAGCUCUUUUUUU